ACCACGGCAGACAAGGAGGAGAUAAAUUCUGUUUCUUAAAAAUCGAAACCUAGACUUUUAUUCAAUUGUCUCGAUGCAUACGCUGCCAUAGUGGGAAGACUGGUUUGCACUUGUGGUUGUUGAAGUUGGCUGACAUAACCGCACAGUAUUGCUCCGGAUGUAUGCAGACCUAAAUAUUAUCUAAAUUUAACGCAGAUUUAACUUCAAUUAUGGUUCUAAAAUAUAUAUGCGCGAUUGCAACCAGAGUAUUGUUCAUCAGUCUCGGACUCAUCGGAAUAUGGCGAGUCACACAAGUUAAAAAAGAUAACCGUUUUUGGUGUCUGUUGUUUCUUUUCCUUCCUCUUAUUGGGGAAAUGAUCUUUAGUUUAAAAAUGAAAACGGGGAAUGUCUAUAGGAGGUUCUCGCCGGCUAUCCUGCUGUUCCUCAUCACCGUUGUACCGUCCAUCUGGAUAUUGGAACUGCACCACCAGAAAAACAGAAAUGACGAACCCCAGUGCUUGAAAUUUAACUCCUGGGAGGACGUGAAAAACAUGACGGUUUCCAUGGAAAGUCACCAGGUGUUCCAGGGUGCAGGUAAAGUGGAGACCUCUCUGUGUCCUGAUGACUGGAUUCUGGGGCUGCACCAAGCCCUCCUCAUCCUGCUGAUUUUGGGGAAAUGGCUGCUGCCACUAGGAGGCGGUGUCACCAGGGAUGAACUCUCCCAGCUCCUGCUCAUCUUUGUUGGCACGGCUGCGGACAUCCUGGAGUUCAGUACCGAGACACUGUCGGAUGUUAAGGAGAAUAGCCCCGAGUUGGUGUAUAUAAUUCUCGGGGUUUGGUCUUUGAGUAUGCUGCAGUUUCCUACCCAUCUGGCAGUGGUGGCCCCAGACGAGGCCGUGGACCCUGCCAACGACUCCCUGGUUUACAGACGCAGCACGGACAUGUGGAACAUCAUGGAGAGCCUGAUCAUUCAGGAUGGGCCCUUCCUGGUGGUCCGGCUCUUGGUCCUCAUCUACUACCAACACCUCCACCUCAUGCUGCUCUUUUUCACUGCUAAGAACUUCCUGGUGGUUAUACUCAACGUGUACCGGCUGGCUGUCAUUUGCUUCGAUUACAGGAACAAGUACAGUAACAGAAACGAUAUCUUUUAGUUUGAUCUCACGCACUCCGUCACAAAUCAAAUACGAACCUGUAUAAAAUGAAAGAAAAAGAAAUUGAAAGUCAGCGAAAUAAGUGAAAUAAUCUAAAUCGAAAUGAUUCUAAAUGAUGAAUGGUGUUUCUUGAUAUCUUGGUAAAGUAUUGUUUGUAAAAAUGCCAAAACAACGAUUUACAAAAGUUUUGAAUAGAAACUAUGAAAAUAUUCCUAGCUGAUUCAACUAAAUUCUAAUAACUUGUUAGCUUUGUAUCCAAAUGAAUAUGAACAAUAGUAUUGAAGUAGACUCAAUGGAAUUAAGCUUUUACAUCUGGAGGAAAAUCACAUUGGUUGCACUUAAAAUAGCUGCGUUGACAAUCUGUACGAGUCUGUCAUUGUCUGACAAAAAAGAUUAACAGCAUAGCUCAAGAAUUUAUUUACAUUACAUAAACACUUGAAUCGGUACAUGAAGAGGAACAUCCAUAGUAGGUCACGUCACACAAAGUAUUUCUUAAUGUGCUGUAAAUCUACCAUUUCUGAGAAUGGGCCAUGGUCUAAACUUCAUGGACUCAGGCCAGGGAUACUAAAAUCACUGCCUUCAAGGACAGUGGUACUUUUCUCUUUCGUUUACAUUCAGAAGGUAAUCGGUCCUGGUUAGAGAGGAGGAGUAAAAGCCAGCAUUACCAUUGACCGCAAGGGCCAAGUUUGUCCCUGGCAUAUUCACUGGUUUAACCAAGCUUUUGGGAUCUACUGCAUUUCAGUGACGUAUUCGUGAUCCCAGUCCUUGAAAGUGCUUGAAUAAUCCCCCAGCCCUCCCUACCCUCCUCCAGAGACUCUCUCUCUCUCUCUCUCUCUCUCCCUCUCUAUUGAAAUUUGAUUUCCCUCGAGUGGCGCUACAUACAGUACAGUAUUUCCAACUGCACAUGGUACAUUGAGUCAGGGCUCACAUAUUGCCACAUGGGGGUGCCAAUUCCUCUAUGCUGCUUAGUAAUUAAGUUUUGAUGUGUGAAAUACUGUACUGGUGACCACAGUGGAUUGCUUUUACCCAAGUUUCGAAUGGGUGUAAGUUUCUUAUUUUUUCUAUGGGCUGACUAUUCUGCAAUAGUCGCUAUUGCGAUGGCUAUUGCAUUAGUACUGUAAUGGGUCUUAAAUAGUCAUUGAGUACCCUGUGGAUCUUAUUGCUGUGCCAAUCUGCUGUUGAGUGUUAUGAUUUUGCAUUGAAUAUAUUCAGCUAAGUAUAUCUUAAGGUGUCUCGAAGUAAGCAAUUGUAAGCAUUUUUAAGGAUUGCUUUUACCCAAGUUUCGAUUGGGUGUAAGUUUCUUAUUUUUUCUAUGGGCUGACUAUUCUGCAAUAGUCGCUAUUGCGAUGGCUAUUGCAUUAGUACUGUAAUGGGUCUUAAAUAGUCAUUGAGUACCCUGUGGAUCUUAUUGCUGUGCCAAUCUGCUGUUGAGUCUUAUGAUUUUGCAUUGAAUAUAUUCUGCUAAGUAUAUCUUAAGGUGUCUCGAAGUAAGCAAUUGUAAGGAUUUUUAAGGUGUUUUUAAAAAAAUAUAAAACCUUUUUGUUUUUUGCUCUACUGUCUAUAUGACAGACUGUUGCUUUAAAAUAAACCUGGGAAAUGGUCUAA